AUGAUAGCCCAAGGUUAUCCAGAAAGGUUCAUGGGAGUUGCAAAUCAGCAGAAGGCCAAACAGAUGCUUCUUGAAAAUCCAGAAGUGAAUUAUGGAGACCCUGAUCAUCUUAGAAGACCAGUUUUUAAUAUAAGAACAAUAGUUACAAAGAAUUACCAGAAUCUCCUGGCCUUGAUCUUUGCUGUAAGUGAAAUCAAUGUGAAUCCCAAGAUCUUACCCAAUGUCUCCUUGGGAUGUCCUUUCUCUGAGGGCUGCUUCCUUCCAAAGAGGAUUUACCAAAAUACAAUGGAAUUUUUCUCCACCCACCAUAGAGUUGUCCCCAACUAUAAGUGUGACACAGAGACCAACCUGGUCGCAGUCAUCGGGGGACAGGGUAAUGAAAACUCCCAGAAGCUGGCUGACAUUUUGGACAUCUACAAACUGCCACAGUUCAGCUAUGGUGAAUUUAGUGAUAUGUUUGCUCAGUCCCAUCUUCCUUAUUCAUACCGCAUGGCUCCCAAUGACAUCCAUCAAUACAAUGGGAUUGUUCACCUACUUCUGAACUUCAAAUGGAUAUGGGUGGGUGUAAUGACCAUGAGUGAUGACAGUGGUCUACUAUUUCUUAAGAACAUACUACCAAUACUUUUACAAAGUGGCAUCUGUUCUGCCUUCAUAGAAAAAAUAGCUAAAUUCCAUUAUUUUCAUGAAUUCUUAGAUGUGCAACAAAGCUGGGAGAAAACAUAUUUAACUGUUGUGCAAAGUAAAGCAAACACUGUUAUUGUCCAUGGAGAAACCCUGACCAUGAUAUGUUUAAGAGGGCUACUGCACCAAGGAGAAUAUGACUAUGUGAAAGCAUUUGGUAAGGUAUGGAUUAUGACAGCCCAGUCAGAUAUUAUAGCAGUGACCUUGCACAGGGAUUGGGACAUACAAGUCUUUGGUGGUGCCUUAGCCUUCACAACUCAUGCAUAUGAAGUCCUGGGAUUCCACAAUUUUCUUGACAACUUAAGCCCUGAUCUGGUCCAGGAAAAUGAAUUCAGGAAAAUAUUCUGGGAGCAAGCAUUUGAGUGUUCAUUUCCAAAUUCUGAACUUAACAGAGAUUUGGAGAAAACCUGCACAGGGAAGGAGAAGCUGAAGACGAUUCCUGGACCUUUUUUUGAAAUGAGCAUGACUGGCCACAGUUACAAUAUCUAUAAUGCUGUCUAUGCUGUGGCACAUGCACUGGAUGCCUGGUACUCUUACAGAGCCAAAUCCAGAGUAACGGUAGAUAGCAGGAGGCUGGAGUAUCUGAAUAUGAAGCCAUGGCAGCUCCAUCACUUUCUGAGAAACACUUCAUUUAACAACAGUGCUGGAGAAACAGUACACUUAAAUGAGAAUGGGGAGUUUUUAAUGGGCUUUGAUAUUACAAAUGUGGUCUCUUUCCCCAACAAGUCCUUUCACAGAAUGAAAGUUGGAUGGAUGAAUCCUUGGACACUUUCAGGAAAACGUUUUAGCAUUGAUGAAAAUGCCAUUGUAUGGAACGAAAUCUUUAACCAGGUGAUACCCCUUUCUCUCUGUAAUGACAAGUGCCAUCCUGGUUAUCAUAAGAAAAAGAAAGAAGAGGAGCAAUUUUGCUGCUACGAUUGCGUUUCAUGCCCAGAUGGAAAGAUUUCACAUCAGACAGACAUGGAUUCCUGUAUCACAUGCCAAGAUGAUCACUAUCCAAACAAAGACAAAAAACAAUGCAUACCGAAGGCAGUAACAUUCUUGACACAUGAAGAACCUUUGGGGAUGAGUUUAGUCAUUUUCAUUCUUUUAUCUUCCUUGAUCACAUCUCUGGUGUUAGGAACCUUCAUGAAGCACCAUGACACUCCCAUUGUCAAAGCCAACAACCGGGACCUCACCUACACUCUUCUUGUUUCCCUCCUCCUCUGCUUCCUUUGUGCAUUUCUGUUCAUUGGACAGCCUGAUAAGGCCAUGUGUCUCUUUCGGCAGACUGCUUUUGGCAUUGUGUUUUCUGUGGCUGUGUCUUGUGUAUUGGCGAAAACCAUCACUGUGGUUCUGGCUUUCAUGGCAACCAAACCAGGAAGCAACAUGAGGAAAUGGGUGGGAACUAAAAUGACCACUUCCAUUAUUUUUUGCUGCUCGUUCAUCCAAGCAGCCAUUUGUGGAAUAUGGCUGGCGACCUCUCCCCCCUUUCCAGAUGCUGACAUGCAUUCAGUGCCUGAAGAAAUUGUGCUGGGAUGCAAUGAAGGCUCCGUGGUGAUGUUUUACUGUGUCUUGGGCUACAUGGGCUUCCUGGCUCUUAUGAGUUUCAUUGUGGCCUUCCUGUCCAGGAGCUUACCAGACAGUUUCAAUGAAGCCAAAUUCAUCACCUUCAGCAUGUUGGUCUUUUGCAGUGUUUGGUUAUCUUUUGUUCCAACCUACCUGAGUACCAAGGGGAAAAACAUGGUAGCUGUAGAAAUCUUCUCCAUCUUGGCUUCCACCACGGGGUUGCAGGCUUGCAUUUUCUUCCCUAAAUGCUACAUCAUCAUCUUGAGGCCUGAUCUGAACAAAAAAGGUCAUCUAUUAAAGAGAAAAAGUUAA